CCACAGUCCACACAGUCACAUAGUCACAUUCACAGUCUCACACACACAGGGCACGUGCAUGGACCAUGAGAGAGAAAAAUGGAAAAUCACAGUGAGAGGGCAGAUGGCAGACACACACGAACCCCUCCUUCCCUCUGGAACACUAAUCGCACUGGCCCGUUCUUUCCCUCUUUCUCUCUCUUUCCCUCUGUCUUUCCACUUUCCACGUUCCUGCCCUCUCUCCAUUCGUUCCUCCCAAUCCUGGCUCCACCUCCUGCACCGCCGACUUCUCUCUACACACAACCACGGACCAAUCACGUGCCCCCACUACCUCCCACCACCGCCGCUCCUCUCCUCUCACUUCUCCCACUGAGUCCAACUCCUUCUGCACCUUUUUCCUUUCGCCUCCUCCUCGCAACCUUUCUACCGCCUCUUCUCUUCUCCUCCUCCUCCACCCAUCUCUCAACGUCACUCAAACUUUCUAUCACCACUCUCGAUCUUCGCUCCCACUCCGCUUCCUCCCUCCCUCUCUCACUCCCCUUCACCUUUCUUCUCACCACCAAUCUCAUUCUCCAUCUUCCAUCCCCGUGUCCAUAACCCUGGGCACUCUUUCGCUUCCAUUCCGCUCCGCGCCCUUCCUUCCACCUCUCUUGAAGGAUCUCAGUGUAUGUU